UGGGAUGGUUGUUCCUGAGAAGCUACAGGGCUGUAAGGUGCUGGAUCUGGGCAGUGGCUCUGGCAGAGACUGCUUCAUUCUCAGUAAACUAGUGGGCCAGAGCGGUCAUGUCAUCGGCAUUGACAUGACAGCAGAACUGAUCCUGGCAUCACGCAAAUAUGUCCAGUACCACCAGCAGAAGUAUGGCUACGAGAAGCCCAACACCAUAUUUGUGCAGGGUUACAUAGAGAAACUGAAUGAGACGGGAAUACAGAGUGGUUCGCUGGAUGUUCUGGUGUCAAACUGUGCCAUGUGUCUGUGUCCUGACAAGAAGCCGGUUCUCAGGGAGGCUUUCAGAGUGCUCAAGGAGGGUGGGGAACUUUACUUUAGUGACAUAUAUUCCAGCAAGGCUGUUCCGGAACAUUUGAAACAAGACCCAGUUCUGUGGGGUGAAGGCUUGAGUGGUGCCCUAUACUGGCGAGACCUGAUCUCUCUAGUGCACGAGGUGGGCUUUAGUACUCCGUACCUUCUCACUGCAAGCCACAUCAUAGUCCACAAUAGUGAGCUACAGAAGAAAGCAAGUGGCAUCACACACACCUCUGCAACUUACCGCCUCUUCAAGUUGCCCAAAAAUAGAAAGCAGAGCGACGCAGUUGUGGCUUACAAAGGAACGGUCCCUGACCAUCCCGACUUACUCAAGUUUGACAUGUAUCAUUGUUUUGAGACAGACAUAAAGGUAACCGUGGAUGCAGAAAUGGCAGCCGUGCUUCAGCAUUCCCGAUUCUCCUCUGACUUCUCCAUCCAAAGCUCAGACAAACCUGCACCAAGCCCUAAAUGUGCCCCUCAGAGUUGCCACCUUAAUAACCCAUUCCUACUUGCUGAUAACCUCAAACUUCAUUCAAAGCCCUCCACCAAGAUUGGGAACACUGAAGAACCAGUGGAAAAGUAUGACACUACCAACUGAAGGGAGAUACUAUUUUCUUCAGGAAAAUGAAUAUAAUAAACAUGUUACAUGAUUUUGUUAACUACAUUUUUGUGUGAUUUGCAAAUAUAUUUAAUGUGGGCUCUGUUUAAUUGUUAAUACAUUGCUAUUAGAAAUGGACUGAGUUGGUCCCUAACCUUACACCACA